AUGGAAACCCGUGUCUAAAGAAUCCUUGCCAAGACAUUUGUACAGUCUCCCACAGCACAGACAACAAUGGGCUAGGCUACAGGUGUCUGUGCAGGACUGGCUACCAGCUGGACAGCGACCAGGCAAAUUGUACCAAGAUUGAGAAGUUUAUUCUGUUUGCUUCCCCUCGAUGUAUUCGGGGUGUUGCCUUGGGAGAACCAGGCCAGUCCUCUACAGAUGCUAUCCCACCCAUUGUAGGCCAGCGUUGGGGCCGACUGGGUGUCAAUUAUGUGGCCUUGGAUUAUGAUGCAGAAAAUGAGACGGUGUUCUUUUCUGAUGUCAGAAACCGUGUCAUUUACAGAGGAAAGAUUGGAAGCUCUGAUCCAAUUCCUCAACUGGUGACAGACAUUGGAUCAGUUGAAGGAAUCACCUACGACUGGAUAUCCAAAAAUUUGUUCUUCACCGAUUUCCGGCAUAGCACAGUUUCCGUCAUCCGUGUCAAUCACCCAACUGACAGACGUGACCUGAUUAACAACUUGGGUAAUGCUAGGUCCAUAGUGGUCCACCCACUUAAAGGAUACUUGUUCUACUCUGACUGGCUGAGGGACUCUCGGCAGAGUGCCUACAUUGCCCGCUGUUUCACGGACGGCACCAACAUCACACAGAUAAGGAAGCAUCAGUUAGGCUGGCCUAAUGGCUUAACCAUUGACUUCACCAAUGACCGGCUAUACUGGGCUGAUGCUUACUUCGAUAGAAUUCAACAUUCACAGCUUGAUGGCGAUGACCUUCAGACACUCUCAGGGCAUACAGUGGUUCACCCUUUUGGAAUAGCAGUUUAUGAAGAUUUUAUCUACUACACUGACUGGCGACUUCAGGCUAUUGUUCGCAUUAACAAAAGAGGUGGACAGGAAACAAAAAUCAGAUCUGGGAUAGGUCGAGUUAUGGGCAUCCGUGUCUAUGAUCCUGUGCUUCAACCAGUAUCAGAACAAAAUCCAUGUCACCUAAGAAAUGGUGAAUGCUCCAAUUUUUGCUUUGUGGUGCCCACCGCUGGCGGCUUGAGCCAAAUUGGCAGACAUUGUGGAUGUCCAUACGGCAUGAGACUUGGCCGAGACCAACGCACCUGUGAGCCCAAUCCAGAUGAGAUCAGAGUGACCACAUGUCGACCUGGCCUCUUUCAGUGUAAAAAUGGCAGAUGUAUUCCUAGCUCUUAUCGCUGUGACCGAGACAAUGAUUGUCUGGAUAGGUCAGAUGAGGUGGAUUGUCCUAAAGAUACAUCGUGCCCUGCCAAUAGAUUUAAGUGUGGUAAUGGCCAGUGUAUCAGCCAGAUCUGGAUGUGUGAUGGCGACAAUGACUGCGGAGACAUGUCUGAUGAAAACAACUGCCCUGCCAAGACCUGCAGCCCAAGAGAGUUUCGCUGCAACAAUACUCUGUACAAUGACUGCGGUGAUGGCUCAGAUGAAGGAGAAUUCUGUGGUCAGCACACAUGCCAGAGACACUAUUUCCAGUGUGACGAUCGACGAUGUAUCCCAGAAAUGAGAGUUUGUGAUGGCGGCAACGACUGCUAUGAUGGUACGGAUGAACGAGACUGCCCUGCCUUGAACUGCACCGGCUCCAGAUGGACCUGCAAAAAUGUGCGGCAGUGUAUUUUAUUGAAACAUUACUGUGAUGGUGUGCCAGACUGUGAUGAUGGAUCCGAUGAAAAGGAAUGUCCCAAAAAUACGCCAGAUAGCUGCCGCAGAGACCAGUCUAGAUGUACAGAUGGGGGCUGUAUCCCAGAGUCCUGGAAGUGUGACGGGCAGGUCGACUGUGACGAUGAGUCAGAUGAAGGAGCAUUAUGUCCUCCGGUGACUUGCUUUGCCAACCGGUUCCGCUGUGCCAAUGGUCGCUGUAUCUUUCAGGGCUGGGUUUGUGAUGGAGAUGAUGACUGUGGAGAUAACUCUGAUGAAGAUGCAGCUCUUACUUGUG